GCGCGCGCCUCUCACGUAGCGCAGGUUUCGGACUCCAUUUGGAAAUAAAGCAGCACGCGCGCGCGGGACCCGAAGAGAGGAGCGCUUUCUCUCGCGUGCUCACUGAAACGCUGAAGUGUCUCCCGAGAGCGCGAGAGUGAAACGACUUCACGCGCAUCAGUGGAUUUCGGGCGCUGUGACGCGGCUCAAGUCGUCCGGGUGGAAAAAAAGUAUAUUUAAAGAAAUCCUUGCAGUUAUUGAGGUGUGAAAUCUGGUUAGGAGUCGGAGGUGCGCUGAAAGUGUCAGUGAGUGAGAAAACACUCCGAGGACUGUUUCACGGCCGUCUCGAGCCGCAUUCACCGGGUGUGAGUUUUUAUUGUAAAGCGUCUCGUAUGAAUCUCCUCGACCCCUACCUCAAGAUGACGGACGAGCAAGAGAAGGGCCUAUCGGACGCACCGAGUCCGAGCAUGUCCGAGGAUUCGGCGGGGUCUCCGUGUCCGUCUGCCUCCGGCUCGGGCUCGUGCUCGGACGUGGAGAGCGCCGGUGGGCGCGCGCGCGACAGCGGCGGCGAGCUGAAAAAGGACGUGGACGACGAGCACGAGAACAACGAGAAGUUCCCGCAGUGCAUCCGCGAGGCCGUGUCGCAGGUGCUCAAGGGCUACGACUGGACGCUCGUGCCCGUACCGGUGCGCGUGCACGGCGCCAGCAAAAACAAGCCGCACGUGAAAAGGCCCAUGAACGCGUUCAUGGUGUGGGCGCAGGCCGCGCGCCGCAAACUCGCAGAUCAGUAUCCUCAUCUGCACAACGCCGAGCUGAGCAAGACCCUGGGCAAGUUAUGGAGAUUGCUGAACGACGUGGAGAAGCGUCCAUUCGUGGAAGAGGCUGAGCGCCUGCGUGUGCAACACAAGAAGGAUCACCCUGACUACAAGUACCAGCCACGGCGAAGGAAAUCAGCCAAGAAUGGUCAGGGCGAGGGGGAAGAGGGUGCGGAGCACACACACGUCUCCACCAACGCCAUCUUCAAGGCCCUGCAGCAGGCCGACUCUCCAGCAUCCAGCAUGGGAGAGGUGCACUCCCCCAGCGAGCAGUCAGGCCAGUCCCAGGGUCCCCCGACUCCGCCCACCACCCCCAAAAUUGACGCUCAGGCAGGCAAAAGUGAGCCAAAGCGCGAGGGCCGCCCGCUCCAGGAUGGCAUCGGAGUUACUGUUGGCUCUGGCGGGCAGCGUCAGCUUAACAUCGACUUCCGCGACGUGGACCUGGGUGAACUGAGCAGCGACGUCAUCUCACACAUGGAGAGCUUUGACGUGGCCGAAUUUGACCAGUACCUGCCACCUAACGGGCACCCCGGGCAUGGCUGGAUGGGUUCAGCGGGCACCGGUUGGAUGGCCAAGAGCCCGAGCUCCAGCCCUCAGGUGGGUGCUGCCAGCCCUGGUGAGGAUCAGAGCCAGCAGAGGACAGCGCACAUCAAAACCGAGCAGCUGAGUCCCAGCCAUUACGGCUCCUUUAACCUGCAGCACUACACCACUUCCACUUCAUCCUCUGCCUUCCCAUCAUGCAUCAGCCGGCCGCAGUACGACUACACCGACCAGCAAGGCGGCGCGACGUCCUAUUACUCAACAGGCCAGAGCUCGAUUUAUUCCACCUUUAACUACAUGAGUCCCAGCCAGAGGCCCAUGUACACCCCCAUCACCGAGACCCAAUCAGGCCACAGCCCCCAGCACUGGGACCAGCAGCCUGUCUACACACAGCUCUCCAGACCCUGAGAACGCACACACACACACGCACACACAGGCACACACACGCACGCACAGAUAUGUACCCAUGCAGUGAAGAUUAUUUAACAAGGCUGAUGGCCCCACAUAGCGGCCCUCCAUCACUCUUCCUGUAAAGCACACACUUGAAUACUCGCCAGAGGAAGACUGGAAGGAAAGCUGGUCUUUAAAAAAGAGCAGCUCACGACGUGCCUUUUUCAUCUUUAAAUCGCCUGAUGCCAAUUAGAUAUAUAUUUUUAGCUUUGAUUGCGAGAAAAGAGAAACGUUUUUCUGCGAAAAGAAGAAUCCUCUGUGAGGACUUAAUUAAUUAUUGUACUUUAGUAUGUACUGUGUAUGUUUUCUUAUCUUUUCCAUAGCUGAUAGGGAUUUUAUUCUGUAGGGAAACGGUUUAUUUUUUACUAAACCACUCUUAGCAGUCCUGCCUAGUCAUCCUCAUGGCAUUUUCUUAUCGGCCUCUAGGAUUCUGUUUGCUGCGCUAGUGGAUCUUCAUGCCGUUGCAUCCUACAUUCAAUUCACUUUGGUUAUUUCUUGUAUUUAUGAUUAUUAAAAAUGUUCCUGAUGCUUUAGAGUGGUGUAUUUUUAAUGUUUUUGUAUGACAUGUCUGCCUUGUGCACCAUCAGUGCCUGGUCUUGUGGGUUUUUUUGUCAAGGUAGAAUGUGCAGCUGAGAAUUUACUUAGUGCCUGACAGUGGCAGGAAGUGACCUUUGACCCCAUGUCAUUAUUUCCAGUCAACAGUUGUACUGGUCUCAUCUUUCCACCCUGACUCCCUUUUUUCUGUUCAGUCUUAACCUCUUCUAAUUUAUUUAUUAGUCUUAAUUUUAUUUCAGAUUAAUUAAGUGCAGCGUAUUCAUUAAUACUGUAAGCAACUAAUUAUUUUGUCUUUGGAAGUUACCCUUCUGGAUAUUGUAAUGUUUAAUCCAAGUCAUUAAACCGGAAGGGUUGCUACUUAAUAUGGUACAGUUCUGUAAUCAUCAUGUUUAUUUAUCAUAUCUAGAUGUCUCUAUUUUAAAUGUUUAUUUGUCUCUUUUUUUCCUUCUUUUGUGCUAGCCAGAAUUGAUGAUGAAGUACUGUCAAGGCUGAUCGAACUGGAACUGUCAGCUUUCUUCCAUCAGGAAGUUUUUUUGAAGCUCUGUUUGAAGCUGUAACUGUCUUUUUGUGUGUGUGAUUGUUUAUAGAGAUACCAGAGAUUUCACAUCAAAUCUUUUCAAAGAUCGAAUUUUCCAUGCCACAUAUCUUAUUCCUGUUGUUACAUCUUCCAAACAUUUUUUUUUCUUUCACCAGACUUAACAUGAUUUUCUUUAAAUAAUUGCAUUUUUUAUUAUAUUUGCAAUAAAAGUAAAAAAAAUCUCUGAAAUAAAAGUGUAGCUUCUGUUUCUUUUUAAAUUUUCAAAUCCAGAAACAUAAUAAAUAACCAUUGAAGGAUAAAUGUUCCGAAUCUCUUUUCGGUCAUUUAUUUAUUUUAUCAGCUCAAGUAUCCAAACCGAUUGAAGUGAGACAGAAAGUGAGGUGAAGGAAUUAGACUAAAUCCACAUUAUGACAAGUUAGUAAUUAUUUUACUUUCGUUUUUUAAUUAAAAAAUGAAGGGAGAUGUGCUGUUUAAAACAUUCGUCUUCAGUAAGCGAUUUUUAUCCUGGUCAGGAUGGUGGUGGAUCUGGAGCUUGUCCUGGGAACAUCGCUGAGCACCAUGCACACAUUCACACACUCAUGCACACAGGGGUAGUUUAGCAAAGCCCAUCCACCUACUGGCAUGAUAUGGGGAGGUGGAGAACCCACAGGAAACCCUCGCGGAGAGCAGUACAGUGAUCUGAACUCAGAAUCGACUCAGAAGGCCUGAAGAUACUUAAACUGAUAUUACACAAAUUCAAAUAAAUGUACAUUUCCUAUUUAUUAAUAUUCCUAUUCGUUUUGCUGUAGUUGAUAAAUAUAACAGAAGCUGAAACCUAACUGGUUAACUUGUUAAGACAUUUCCAAAUGCCAGAAGUUUUUAGAGUCAAAAUCUAAAAAUGAGGAAAAUGAAAAAUUGAAUUCUAUCUGCUCUACGUUUUCUCCUCCAUCCUGCUUUUCUAAUUCUUCAUUCACAGAACAAACAUAUUGUACUUUUUUCCUCUUUUAAAGGUCAAUGAAAGGAAAUACUGAGACACAGAAAGUAAUAUUAAAGUGUUUUUCACGUUGCCGUUCAGCGUUGGAUACCAACGCGGCGCUGAGUGACACUUUAUAAAUGAAUGGCUAGUAACGUGAUACGAUGCUUCAUGUUCUGCUUCCUCAUCGGAAUUCACUUCACUUUACAAUAAGGAUGUCAGAUCACAGUUGUGUACUUCCUAACCUACAGUCGGAUAUUUUCACUUUAUUAAAACAUCAGAUUAUCUUUCUGCCUUUGCAAGUUGAAAAUGUGCCUCCACACCUCCUGCAGUAUUUACAGAGUGUAUGAUAUGUUACACACAUGCUAAGGUGAGCAGAUGGGCCUCAGUGUAUGUUUGGCCGAGGGAAAGGUCAGAGGUCAACCAUCGCCAGCUGUUUCACAGCAGAAGGGUCUGUUAUUCAUGUAUACAUACGCACUGAACUCUCUCCAAUAUAACACUGUGGUGGAUAAUUCAUACCUGAUUUAAAUAAUGGAAUUUUGUGGAAUUUUGAUUUAAAUAUAAAUAUUGAGUAUUAAAUCAAUUACUCCUGUACUACAUGGAAGUAAAUUAUGUUCAGGUGCUUCCACAUAGCACAUACUUAAGGCUUGUUCCAUUUAAGCUACAUACCGUAUAUUAGGUUAUAAAGUUACACAUAUUUAUACCACAGCACUGCUUUUUUAUUCUGAUUGGUCAGAGAGUGCUGAUUAAUUUUCUAAAACAGCAGCUCUGACAGUAAUUUUAGCAACAAGCAACUCACAGGUUUAUAUUAAUGUGCUCGUUGUAAUAUGUUAUUGUUUCUAUAGUAACAAUGCAGAGGCGGCUUCAGAACAUGCUGACGGGGUGGUCAAGGUGGGCCACAGAGAUAGUGUGGGGUGGCCAUAGUGAAAUGUCAUAGCCUUAAAGCCAGAUAAUAUUAAUGUACAAUCCUAUAGUUUGUCACAUGGUAUUUCAGCCUAUGCUAAUUUCUAAACUUUGGUUAGAAUCUAUGGUCAUGUUUGUAGUAAGUUUGUUGUUUUGUUUUGUUUUGUGUUUGUUUUUAGUUUUUAAAUAAUACUACACAGUAUUUGAGAGCUCGUUAAUAAUUUUCAGUACUGGCUAUAUACAGUAUGUUUAUUAAUCACUGGGAAUACAAGGUUAUAUAAUAUUCAUAACAUUAACAUUAACAGAACACAAAGUUUGCUUUAAUGUUUCAGGAUCGUAGUUGAUAAACUAAGCCAACAACUGAAAUGCAAAAAAAAUAAAAAAUAAAAUGUCCAUCAGCCAGUUACUGUAUAAACCCCAAAUCUCACUGUUCUCUUUUUGUUCUCUUUCUGUUCUCUUUUAUGUUGUGUUUGAUGUCGUUCCAAAUUUUGGUGCCUUUUAGUUUUAGUUACGCUGGUAUACUGUAGCUAGACCUGCUGGAGUCUGUGCUUACAGUCUGCUCUUACACACUCUCCCUAUGCAAACCUCUUUAAAUAAUCUGUUCUCUCUCAGUGCAAUGCCAGUGCCAGGUCCUGGCACACUUCUCUCACCCUCCAGACCUGUGUGUGAUUCAUACUGAUACUCUACUUCUGCACUUAUGGCUCAAUCUCUGCUGCUGUGGAUGCUCCCACGUGGAUGAUACAAAGAUCAGCAUUUCCCCAAAAUAGCUUAUUCCUAAGACUAACUUUUAUGCUUUAGUGAAUUAUCUCAUCCGGAUACUUCUUACGCUCAUCCCAGAAUCAUUAACAAUAUGAUCA